AGGAUGAUGUGGAGCCACUUCCACCAACAUUUCGAACUAAAAGGCAGCCAGGACCUCAGCUGGACAUGACUGGAAAGUACAGCCCCCUUCAUCUUUUCCUGAUGUUUUUCUCCUUGUCAGUUCUUGGUUCGCUGGUGUCUAACACCAACAAGUAUGGGGCUAAGAAGCAAGCAGGCAAGAAAGAGUUAUGGAAGCCCAUUUCCAUCCAGAACCUAUACUGUUACAUUUCACUGGUCACUUACAUGGGGCUUGUGAAGUUGAAAAACCUGAAGGGCUACUGGAGAAGCUUGUUAUGAUGAGUUUCUAGGGUAUCAAGUAAUUCAUGAUGCAAUAAGAUAUUUAACACUUACCUGGGAAGUUCAUAUAAGUAUUUAAUAGGUACCAUGGUUCGUUAUAAGAGAAGGACAGGGCUAUGCCUCUUGCCAUUUCGAACUCUCUUGAACAAAGAGACCCUCUCACUUAUAUACUGACUAUCUCGCGGGCGCUUCAUAUCAGUGACCCACAAGCUGACGAUGACAUUGAGAAGAUGAGAGGCACAGCAAGCUUUGAUAGGCUCUGCAAACUCCAGCAUUGUUGAGGCCUGCAAGACCCAUUUUCAGCCUGCCCAGAACCUGUCCAUAGAUGAGAGGAUGGUAGCCUCAAAGGCUAGAACAAUAUAUGCGUAACAAGUCAACAAAAUGUGGUUACAAACUAUUUGUUUUGGCCAAUUCUAUGUGUGCCUACACUUGGAAUCUUUUUGUUUACGAGGGGAAAUCCAUCUCAGCCACCGGUAAGGGACUUAGUUAUGAUUCUGUUAUGGAAUUAUUGGAUUUUCCACUGCUGGGGGCGGGCUACAAACUGUUUGUGGACAACUUUUACACAAGCCCUACCCCGUUUACAGACCUGAGGAAGCUGAAUGUAAGGUCUUGUGGCACCAUUUGUCCCAACAGAGUGGGUAAAAGACAUACCUAAGAGGGCUGAUAGGGGUACCAUGCGAUGGAUUCGUAAAGAUGACCUGCUCUUUGUAAAGUGGAUGGAUACCAGAGAGGUGGUCAUGUGCUCCAGUAUCCACAAAUCGUACAGUGGCAAUCACGUCAGAAGGCGUGUGAAGGACGCUAAUGGGGCAUGGACCAAGAAAAAUGUCCCCACUCCAGCUGCUGUAAAGGAUUACAACAAGAGCAUGGGAGUUGUGGACCUGUCAGACGCGCUGAUAGGCUACUACAAUGUUCUCCAUAAGACAAUGAAAUGGUACAAGACAUUGUUCUAUCACUUCAUCGACAUUGCUGUGGUGAAUGCAUUCAUCCUCCAGAAGGAAAUGGCUAAGACAGACCCCCAUGACACAGCUAGCCUUCAGAGAGCUGCUGAUCCAGGAGUUUGCUGACUACGGCACAAAGUCCCCUCUACUCUGUCCCCUAUACUCCUGCAACCAGUGGUGUUCACCUGCCAAAAUACAUAACUGCAGACCUGAAUGUGCCUAAGGGCCAAAAGAGCACAGCAGGGAGGCGUCGCUGAACUCUGUGCCACAAGAAAUCUCCCAUUACCUGCACUUCUUGUGCUGUUACCCUCUGCUUCACAGCAGAAAGAGACUGCUAUGGGACUUGACAUCAGCAGCACAAUCUUGUGUAGAGGAC